GACACACAAGUCACCCAGCCAAGGUCUGGGUGCGAUGGCAGAAGGCCCUAGGGCUCAUCAGCCACCACCUUACAGUGGGGGUGGGGGCAUUGAACCUCGAGACCCGCUGGACUGCUGGGCCUGUGCUGUUCUGGUCACAGCCCAGAAUCUGCUUGUGGCGGUCUGCAACCUCCUGCUGCUGGGCGUGGUGUUAGGAACGGUACUGCUGCCAGCCAUCGUCAUGUUGGGCUUUGGCUUCCUCUGCCACUCAAAGUUCCUGCGCUCUCAGGCGGCCCCCUGUACUGCCCACUUUCAGGACCCAGGAUUCACAGUGUUGCUGGUAGUGGGUUUCCUGCUCCUGAUGCCUUUGCUGAUUCUCGCCUUAGCUGGUUACCGCCGCCUCUACUGCCGUCUCCGCCUUGCUGACUGCCUGGUACCCUAUAGCCGGGCCAUCUACCAGGAUGUGGGACUCUCUCAUCCCCCAACUCUAGGAGCCCCACAAGCAUCCCAAUCCCUUCCUACUGCUAUUGGCAAGGUCUGGGUCUGAAAGGGCUCUCCUUUCCCCAAUUCACGUAGGGUCCACCCUAACUCCCAACUUAAACCUCUAGGGGCCUGUGUUGUCUAAGGAGCAGCAGAUAUCCAGUCCCUACAUCUGGACUAAAAACUCUAGAGAUAAAUUCCACAUCUGAACCAGACUUAAAGGGAGAUAGGGAAUGUUUGGAUUGGUCCCAAUGGAAAACAGACUAAACACGAAAAACCCCAUCUCUGGACAGCCUCUUUCCCUUCCCAUGUGUACAGCUGAACUAUCCUAUGGCACAUUUGAACAUAGGGGCUAGGGCUCUUACUCUGAGUUUUGGAAUAUCUGGACCGAAUCUCCCAAAUGUUAAUCCUAUAUUCAAGUUACUCUAUGGGGCAGGAAAGCUGAAUGUUACAAAGGAUGAGCCAUUAGGUGGUUCAUGAAUAAAAGAUUAAUGAAUCAA